UCAAUAUCAUAUCAAAGUUUCUCAAAUCUUUUUUUCACUUUUGAUAUUCUUUUAACCGUUUAAAACUUAGUCUUUAACAAUGGAGUUGGAUCUUUCACCGAGGUUGCCAAAGAAGGUGUACGGAGGAGACGGUGGUUCGUACUUUGCAUGGUGCCCUGAAGAGUUGUCAAUGCUCCGAGAUGGUAACAUUGGAGCCGCUAAGCUCGCUCUUGAGAAGUAUGGCUUGGCUCUUCCUCGCUACUCUGAUUCUCCUAAGGUCGCUUAUGUUCUUCAAGGAGCUGGAACAGCUGGAAUCGUGCUCCCUGAGAAAGAGGAGAAAGUGAUAGCAAUCAAAAAAGGAGACUCCAUAGCUUUACCUUUUGGUGUAGUGACAUGGUGGUUCAACAAUGAGGACACUGAGCUAGUCGUUCUCUUCCUCGGUGAGACUCACAAGGGUCACAAAGCAGGACAGUUCACAGACUUUUACCUAACCGGAUCCAAUGGAAUCUUCACUGGAUUCUCAACUGAGUUUGUUGGCAGAGCUUGGGAUCUUGAUGAGUCCACCGUGAAGAAGCUUGUUGGUUCUCAGACCGGUAAUGGAAUCGUGAAGGUUGAUGCGAGCUUGAAGAUGCCUGCACCAAAGAAAGGUGAUCGUGAUGGGUUUGUGUUGAAUUGUUUGGAGGCUCCUCUUGAUGUUGACAUUAAGGAUGGAGGAAGAGUUGUUGUGUUGAACACAAAGAAUCUUCCUUUGGUUGGUGAAGUUGGUUUUGGAGCUGAUCUUGUGAGAAUCGAUGGACAUUCUAUGUGUUCUCCUGGAUUCUCUUGUGACUCGGCUCUUCAAGUUACUUACAUUGUUGGUGGAAGUGGUCGUGUUCAGAUUGUUGGUGCUGAUGGGAAGAGAGUUCUUGAGACUCAUGUGAAAGCUGGUGCUUUGUUCAUUGUUCCUAGGUUCUUUGUUGUCUCCAAGAUUGCUGAUUCUGAUGGCUUGUCUUGGUUCUCCAUUGUGACCACUCCUGAUCCCAUUUUCACGCAUUUGGCCGGUAGGACAUCGGUGUGGAAGGCGUUGUCGCCGGAGGUUUUGCAGGCGGCGUUCAAGGUGGAUCCGGAGGUGGAGAAGGCUUUCCGAUCUAAGAGGACCUCUGAUGCCAUUUUCUUCCCUCCUUCCAAGUAGAUAAAUGAAAGAAAGGAGAAGUGUUACCGGUUUAGUUACUUUUAUUGUUUAAGCAAGUGUUGUGGUUAUUAUUUUCUUUGGGUGUUUUUUUUGGUUUUUAUGAAC